AAGCAGAACGUGCUUUUUAUGAGAGAGCCUCCUUUUUCCCACUCUUUUACCUACAAAACUCAACCAAGGUAAAGCCAACAAAUACAGCGCAGGUCAAAAUCCUCCUCAGCACACCAUCCUUCAACCGCCUCUUCUUACUCAGACUCUUCUUCUUCCUCAUGGCUGCCUCAAUUAAUGUCUUCAUAUUUCUUCUUCAUUCUCAUUCCUUCUUCACCAACCUCCCUCGUAUCCCAUUCUGACCUCUCAACCCCACUUGCCUCCUUCCCCUUUCACGUAUUCAAUAAUCGCCCCCUUCUCUCGGUUUUCGUGCUCCAUUUUUAGCUUUUUUAUAGAUCUCUGUUCCCUUCUCCUUUCUCAUACUCUUUGUUUGAGAUCUGAGUUUUGCUCCGUUGAGCUUCGUUUUCCUGCGUUUGGGAAUUGCUUUCUUGUUUUUCUUUUCUUGGGACGACAUUUGUGGUUUUCUUCAGAUCUUCAGCUGAAAUGGGGAGUAAAUGGAAGAAGGCGAAGCUUGCUCUGGGUUUGAAUCUGUGUGUCUUCGUCCCCAGAACUUCAGACGACAUGGAUUCGCCCCCGGCUACGGAGGUUUCCGAGCGGUUAUCUGACGCUGCUCUGCUUUCGCCUGUAAAUUGGGACAUCGCUUCUUCGCGUUCGAUGUCCGCCGCUCCGGCGGCUUCUUCUCACGCUUUGAAGCUGUCGAAAAGUGCGAGCAAAUCGUCCAAGCAAACCUGCUCAAUAUGCUUAACCAAAAUGAAACAAGGGUGUGGGCAUGCUUUGUUCACUGCUGAAUGUUCACAUUCCUUCCAUUUUCACUGCAUUGCUUCAAACGUGAAACAUGGAAACAAAAUAUGUCCAGUGUGCCGAGCAAAGUGGAAGGAAAUACCCUUACUGGAUCCCAGUUUGGAUCCUCUCCCUGGCAGGGUUUCACCAAAUAAUGCUUUCAUGGCAGUUGUCCACAGCCUUCCUCGACCACCCCCUCGACGAGAUUUGAAUAGGCGACAUGUUGUUCCACUUCAUCAGGCUCCAGAGCCAGGUGUAUUUAACGAUGAUGAAUCCUUAGAUCUCGAACAUCUAUGUUCUGGUAAGAGUGUUGCUGAUACAGGUGCUGUUAAAACAAUAGAAAUUAAGACAUACCCUGAAGUGUCAGUUGCUCCACAGUCCAACUCUUAUAGUAACUUUAAUGUCUUGGUCCAUCUCAAGGCCACUGCUGUAGCAGCAGCAACCAGAACGCCCAACCUCAGUAGAAGUCAUGCUAGCCCAACGCAGGUUUCUCAGACUCCGCGUGCCCCUGUUGACCUAGUUACAGUGCUUGAUAUUAGUGGUAGCAUGGCUGGCACUAAACUCGCACUACUAAAAAGAGCUAUGGGAUUUGUUAUCCAGAAUUUAGGUUCAAAUGACCGACUAUCAGUUAUUGCUUUCUCUUCUACCGCUCGCCGACUGUUUCCUCUCCGCAGAAUGUCUGACUCUGGGCGGCAACAAGCACUGCAAGCUGUUAACUCUUUGGUUGCAAAUGGGGGCACAAACAUUGCUGAGGGCCUGAGAAAAGGCGCCAAGAUAAUGGAAGAACGAAGAGAAAAAAAUCCAGUUGCCAGCAUAAUACUGUUAUCUGAUGGGCAAGAUACUUACACUGUUGGUGGUUCUGGUACUAACCAACCACAGCCAAACUACCAUUUGCUUCUGCCUAUGUCUAUCAGUAAUCGUGGCACUUCGGGAUUCCAAAUUCCAGUGCAUGCUUUUGGAUUUGGUGCAGAUCAUGAUGCCUCAUCAAUGCACUCAAUUUCAGAGAACUCUGGGGGGACUUUUUCCUUCAUUGAGACUGAAUCUGUGAUACAGGAUGCAUUUGCACAGUGCAUUGGCGGACUUUUGAGUGUUGUGGUUCAGGAGUUGCAAGUCGCAAUUGAGGGCAUAGAUGAAAAUCUCAACCUUGUCUCACUUAAGGCUGGAAGUUAUCCAAGCCGCGUGAUGGCUGGCGGACGUCAAGGAUUUAUUGAUGUUGGAGAUUUGUAUGCCGAUGAAGAGAGAGAUUUCCUAGUUUCAGUUAAUGUCCCGGCUGCUUAUGGCAGUGAAACAUCAUUGAUAAAAGUCAACUGCGUGUACAAAGAUCCAUUAACUCAGGAGACAACAAUAUCAGAAAGUGAAGAAGUAAAACUGCAGAGGCCUGAAAAGGUUGGGCAAGUGAUUAAGUCGCUUGAAGUGGACAGACAGCACAAUAGGCUUCAAGCAGCUGAAGCAAUGGCCCAAGCACGAAGUGCAGCUGAACGUGGAGAUUUAACAGUUGCAGUAUCAAUACUUGAAAACUGCAGAAAAACGCUCUCGGAGUCUAUUUCAGCCAGAUCCCAGGAUCGCCUUUGUCUUGCAUUGGAUGCCGAACUCAAGGAAAUGCAAGAGAGGAUGGUGAGUCGGCAUGUGUAUGAAGCAUCGGGGAGAGCGUACAUUCUUUCUGGGCUGAGUUCCCACUCUUGGCAAAGAGCCACAGCAAGAGGUGAUUCCACUGAUAGUUCAAGUCUUGUUCAAGCAUAUCAGACCCCGUCAAUGGCUGAGAUGCUUACUCGAUCUCAAGCCUCAUUUCUAGGUAGUCCAUCACGCCAGAGGCUUCUCCAACCACUAUUGUCAUACAGAUCACAAACAAAGCCGAGGUAAUGCCAUCGGAAUUUUGUGGAAGAAAGAAACCAUGUUCAAAGUAGCUUUUUCCCCUUUUUGGUUUGUAAAAAGGUUGGGAAGGAGGGUGGUAAAUGGGAGAGAUGGACACAAGAUUUAUUUGUGCUGUGAUUUUGUUGUUUAAUAUAAUGUGUAAAAGAAUAAAAUUGGGAAAA